AUGGGCCUUACGGGCAGCGGCAAGUCGACCCUGGCGCGCUGUCUGAUCAGACUGAUCGAAGCUACACAGGGACAGAUCCAGUUCGAAGGCGAAGAUAUUCUGAGCUACUCGCAGGAGGAUUUGAGGCAGUUUCGACGCGACAAGAUAGCGAUGGUUUUUCAGCAUUACGCUCUCCUUCCCCACCGCCGCGUGCUGGACAACGUGGCAUACGGCCUUGAAGUACAGGGCCUGGACAGGGAUGGCCGCUACAAGUUGGCGGCAGAAGCCAUCGAAACUGUGGGACUUAAAGGUUGGGAAUAUUACUACCCGAGCGAGAUGAGUGGGGGCAUGCAGCAGCGGAUAGGGCUUGCGAGAGCGUUAGCGGUUGACCCGGAAGUGCUGAUCAUGGACGAGCCGUUCACCGGGCUGGACCCACUAAUUCGCAGGGAGAUGCAGGACGAACUGGUCAUGCUGCAGGGGGAGUUGCAGAAAACAAUUAUUUUCAUCACGCAUGACCUGGAUGAGGCGCUCAAGUUGGGCGAUCGCAUUGCAAUCAUGCGCGACGGCGUUAUCGUGCAGGAAGGCACGCCAGAGGAGAUCGUGACGCGGCCGGCCAACGAUUAUGUUUCGGCGUUCGUGCAGGAUGUGUCGCGUGCCAAGGGCAGGAUGCGGGCGCACGCCGCGUUGGCCGCCAUGCAGAACAAGACGCCGAAUGCGGCCUAUGUCGUGGGGGACGGUCACAUUCUCAAGGGGAUUCUUACGCAGGACGAGGUCGCCAAUCUGGCAAGCCGACAGGUUGAACUUCUGAAGGUGGCGCAGGACGACCUUUUGGCGACCACCAGCCCCGAAACUUUCAUUGAUGAGAUCAUCCCCCUGGCGGCGCAGACGGAGCGCUAUAUCGCGGUCGUGGACGAUGAGGGGCGCUUGUUAGGCGAGAUCCACCGACGGGCUUUAUUGGCUGGAAUGGUCGACUAG